AUGAUUGCUGAUUAAAGGGCCAUUUAAAAAAAGAGAAAUAUCCAAAAUAUAAUUGAUAAUGAUGAUGAAAUAGGAGAAGUAGCAGAAUGGGCUGGAGUUUCAGCUGCUUAGGCCAAAGAUGACGAUGAUUUCGAUUUUGAUCAUAAACAGGUGUUCUAGUAAUCGAACGAUCAUAUUGAAUAAGCUAGAUAAAAAAUAAAUUAGAAAUUAAAUAAGAAAGGAACAAAUGUAAAUAAAAGAAAUGGACCUUUAGUCAAUAAUCUCAAAGACAAAGCUAAAAGUAUUGCAUUAUAGAAUAAUCAAAUCAAUGAAACACCCAUUAAGCAGCAAUGCUAGUCUAGUGAUGAUGAAAAUGAAAAACCUCCUGUUGAUAAAGGAGAAGAAAGUCCAGACAAAAAAGUUUUUAGAUUGUCAGAGAGAAGUAUUGGCAAAAUUGAACAAGAAUUCGAAUAAGCCAAUAAAGAGAGAAUGAUGGAUUUAGAAAAGAAGAAAAACGAGAUCAAACAGAUUAACUUCAUUGAAGCUUGGGAUUAAUUGAAGGGUUCUUAAGAUAUCAGAGACCAGAUUGAAUUUAUCUAAAAAAAGACAUCUUUUUUAGAUAAACUAUUCGGAUGUUUUAGUAUCCAUUUAAAAAGUAGUAGACUCAUCUAAGAAAAAAACCAAGUACUAUAAUUCUAAACAAGGUUUGCUUAAUGUCGCAACUGUCAUUUGAUGAUAAUAACGAGUCUCAUUUUAGAAUUCUCUAUACAAUUUAUUGCCAACUCAUGACUACUGACUAUUGUCUAAGAUAUGGUUCUCAUUGGGAGAUGAUUGGAUUUUAAGGCACUGAUCCAGCUACUGAUCUCAGAGGUGCUGGUAUACUUGGAUUAUUGUAAAUGCUUGCUUUCAUAUCAGAAUAUAAAAUAUAUAUCAAGUAAACACUUAAAAUCUUUCAGGAUAUCAAAAUUCCAUUCAGUAUCACUCUUAUCAAUAUUACAACCUUUGUUUUAGUUAGUCUUAAAGAUAAUAAAUUAAAUUAACUUAUAAAUUAGGAGGAUUCUGUUAUCAGUGUUAUCAAUAAAUUAUACUUUGCAGGCUUCCAUUUAUUGACAAAAAUUCUUAAAAAGUAUGAUUUAUUAUUAUAUUAUGAAAGGGAACAAAUUACUUUCCACACUAUAGGAAAUCAUUUGACUCAAAUAAGAAAGUUAAUACAUGAAUAACCUCAGAAACUAAUCAGAGAGUUUCAUUCAGAUAUUCAAAGAUUUUACAAAAUUAAUAACAUCUGA